AGGUUGAGUGUAUUCCAUCUGCACCAUGCUGACUGCAGCAUCUAAUGAAUUCCUAUUUUUAUACCAAAAAUCUCUUUGGCAGGUUACCCUCUUGUCCUUUUCCCCCUCUUCUGCACUACCCUUUGACAUAAAAUACAAAAUUUUAGAUUGGAAUUAGCACUUUUUUCACCUCUUAAUGUCACAUAGCCCCACCCAAUUUCCAUUUUCUUGAUCACCAGCAGCAGCUUUUCUUUAGAUUCUAGGGUUUUCAAGAUUGUUUAUGCAGGUGUUUUAGACAAUACCCAGGGUAGUAAAAGAUGUCGGAAAUUUGACGCAAAAAGUCGGAAAAUUCGAUACUUUUUGUUGAUAUGGCAACUGAAAGCCCUAUAAGAAUCAUGGAAGCAAGUGGAAAAUGGGCGUCACAGGGUACAUUUGAUGAAAUUGAGUUGGUGAUAAAGGGUCAAAACUUUCAAGAAAAACAGAGGAAUUCGGGCCCGAAUCGAAGCGGAAGUGCGCCUCCAAGCAUGGAAGGAUCUUUUGCAGCAAUAGAAAAUCUGAUGUCUAGACAUAAAGUUGGUGCGAAUGAUACCGAGUCUGAAGAACAACUUCGGGCUCAUCCUUCGUAUUUCGCUUAUUAUUCGUCCCAUGUUAAUUUGAACCCGAGACUCCCUCCACCUAUAGUUUCAGAUCAAAAUCGACAUCUGUUUCGUAAUAUCGCAACUACCACAAAUGAUCCACGGUUCACAUCGUUUGAUGAUUCGACCCGUUUGACUCAGAGUAACCUUUCGACUCAUAACGAAGAAUCAGAUGAUGAUCAAUCAACAAAACAGGAAAAUUCUUUACAUGAUGACGAAACAGUUAAUCGUGAGGAAGACAAUAUGGGUCAAAAUUUGUACUCGAAUCCCGCAAAUAGAAUUAUUUCGAACCCACUAGAAGAUGAUAUUUCAACUAGUGCAGAUGUUUCAAGUAUAACAAAUAGAAUGAAUGCUAUAAAUAUGUCUAGUAUCCCGAAUACAGAAAGUCAAAGUCAAAGUCAAUGGGACCGACAGCAAAGAAGUAUGUUUCAAGCUAGUGUCCCAUACCCUCAAAUGGUUCCACACGAUCAAACUUACGUCGGGAUGAAUCAGUUUCUUCAAACUCCCUCUAAUUACUCAUCCGAGGCACAACGCGUGUUGCAGUCAUCCGGAUUCACAACACCGUACGCAUCCAGCUCAGCGUAUAUGAUGUCAGCAAAUCACGUUUACCCAAAUAUCUAUUUUCCGCAACAGUAUACCGUAAGUGGGUAUGGUUACAAUCCACCGUAUGUAUCAGGGUAUCUCCCGACAGACCCCGUUCAUAUGUCGUUAGACGUUAGUUCCAUUAAUCCGUCUCCAAGCUAUAUCGGUCAAAGUCAAAGUCAACAUUUGAACAAGUUUUACGGGCAUCAUGGGUUACCGAUUCAACCUUCGUACGCUGAAAGUUUGCAGCUUUCUAGAGAUGACCUGGUACAAAAACAGCAAACUUACUUGAACCCGAGAAUAAUAGAACCCGCGAGUCCUUACUACUUUGGAAGCGCGAGUAAUAUGGGUAUUCUACAGUAUCCAAACACAACUUAUGCCGGUACACCUGUGCCGGGAUCGCCAAUAGGUGGGAUCGGUUUUCAAAGAAAUGAAACGAGAUCGUAUGGUGGAAGUCAGGUGUUCAGAGAUCCGAAAACGUAUUCUUUUCUUGAAGAGUUGAAAUCGGGUAAAGGUCGCAGGAUUGAGCUUUCGGAUAUCUUUGGACACAUUGUUGAGUUCUGUGGUGAUCAACACGGAAGUCGAUUCAUUCAACAGAAGUUGGAAAUGUGUAGCAUUGAGGAAAAGGAAUCUGUAUUUAAGGAAGUUCUUCCUAGUGCUUCAAGAUUAAUUACCGAUGUGUUCGGUAACUAUGUUAUUCAAAAGUUUUUUGAGUAUGGAACCGGUGAACAAAGGAGGGAGCUUGCAACCCAACUUGAAGGCCAAAUAUUACCUUUAAGUCUGCAAAUGUAUGGUUGCCGAGUCAUCCAAAAGGCCCUUGAUGUUAUUGAGCUAGAACAAAAAGUGAAGCUCGUUCGUGAGCUUGACGGGCAUGUUUUACGAUGUGUUCAUGAUCAGAAUGGAAAUCACGUGAUACAAAAGUGUAUAGAAAGUAUUCCGAUGGAGAAAAUCAAAUUUGUAAUUUCGUCUUUUCGUGGUCAAGUUGCGGCCCUUUCAAUGCAUCCGUAUGGGUGUCGUGUCAUACAGAGGGUUCUAGAACAUUCUACCGAUGAAUUACAAAGCCAGUUUAUAGUUGAUGAGAUAUUGGAAUCCGUUUAUACUCUUGCACAGGAUCAGUAUGGAAAUUAUGUAACUCAGCAUGUGAUAAAGAGAGGAAAGCCCGAAGAAAGAAGUCAAAUCGUACACAAGUUGUCGGGCCGUGUUGUACAACUAAGCCAGCAUAAAUUUGCAUCAAAUGUAAUCGAGAAGUGUUUGGAAUAUUGCGAUUCUGAAGCUAGGGGAAUCUUGAUUGAGGAAAUCAUCGGUCUUGAUGACGAUAGUGAUAAUUUAUUGGCGAUGGUGAAGGACCAAUUUGCAAAUUAUGUUAUUCAAAAGGUUCUUCAAACGUGCACGGGUGAUCAGAAGGAAUCGUUACUUGGUCGAAUAAAGAUUCAUCUAAAUUCAUUGAAGAAGUAUACUUACGGAAAACAUAUUGUAACUCUCUUUGAACAAUUGCACGACGAAGAGGCUCAGGGGUCCGGUUCGUAACCUGGUGCUAAACACAUUGAUGUGAACGGGGCACGGAAAUUGAAAAAUGGGAAAAUAUUUAUUUGAAACUGUCGGUCGACAUGUAUAGAUCGCGCGUGCGAUUCAUAGGAUGCGGAAUAGCAUCUGUUCUUGUACAUUCCUGAACCUAUUUGUCUGAGUGUGGUUGUUUAAACAUCUGUUUUAGCUAUUCUAUCUCUUGAUAAUUGUUAAAAUAAAUAUAUGACAUAAAUUUAUCUGACUGGCUUGCUUAAUGUUGAAUAGUGGAUGUAAAUUUAAUUUCUUUUACUGUGUGGA